AUGGCGCGUCGCGACGAAAAGAAGCGACGAAAGCGAGACGAUUCAGACAGCGAGGAUUCAGAUGAGCGCAGGAGACGGAGCAGGAAGAGCCGGAAAUCCCAUAAAGACAGUGACGAUGACGAUUCUAACGAGGAUGCCUCAGCGUCAGACUCUGACGGUGAUCGCGGCCGCAAUCGCAAACGCCGAAGCCGCGGUAGCCGGAAAAAGAAGCAGCGAGGAGGUGACUCUAGCGAGAGUGACGAUAGCAGUCGGAGCCGAAGCCGCAGCAGGAGCAGAAGCAGGGGACGGAGCAAAAAGGGCAAAAAGGACAAAAAAGAACGGAGAGAGAAGAGCAAGCGGGAUUCGCGCCGGCGACGCCGGGAGCGGUCGGAUUCGGAGGGAUCGGAGAGUUCUGGUGGUAGUAGCGGGAGUGAUAGUAGCGAGGGGAGUCCGUCGCGUGGCGGGAGGGGCGGGAAGAAGGUUUCGGAGGAGGAACUGAGGGAGUUUUUGGCGAAGCGCGCGCAGAAGAAGGCGCAGAAGCUGGCGAAGAAGCUCAAGCCGAACGCGGUGUCGGGUUACACCAACGACAGUAACCCGUUUGGCGACACCAACCUCACUGAGACGUUCGUGUGGCGCAAGAAGAUCGAGAAGGACGUGCUGCGAGGCACGCUGGACCCGCGGGAGAUCACGCUGCAGAAUGAGAGGAAGCGCCUCGAGGCCCGCAUGGAGGAGAUUGAGAAGGUGAAGAAGCGGCGUGAGGAGAGGAUGCUGGAGAAGGCACAGCACGACGAGGAGAUGGCCAUGCUGGCGCGUGAGAGGGCUCGAGCCGAGUUCCAGGACUGGGAAGAGAAGGAAGACGAGUUCCACUUUGAGCAAAGCCGAGUGCGCUCUGAGAUUCGUCUGAGGGAGGGGCGGGCAAAGCCCAUCGACGUGCUGGCGAGGAACCUCACGCUGUCUGGGGACUUUGAUAUUGAGGUCAAUGAGCCGUACAAGAUCUUCAAGGGCCUGACAGUGAAGGAGAUGGAGGAGCUGAAGGAGGACAUCAAGAUGCACCUUGAGUUUGACCGCAACAACCCCAUGCACCAGGAGUUCUGGAAGGCAAUGAUGGUGGUGUGCAAUCACGAGAUAGCGGAGACGACCAGAAGAGACAUCAUUGACCGGGCGAGAGUGAGAGGAGAGGAACCCCCAGAAGACGUCUUAGAGGAAGAGAGGGGGCUGCACUCAGCAGUGGGGGCAGACGUGGCCGAAACUCUUGCCGUGGCGGGCAGCGAGGAACUUUCGCGCAUGGAGGAGCGGAUCGCCGGGCAGAUGGAAUCGGGCAGCGCGAAAGUUGUCGAGUACUGGGAAGCCGUGCUGAAAAAGCUGAAGGGGUGGCGAGAGGGGAGGGAGAGGGAGAGGAGGGAGGGGGGGGGGGAGGGGAGAGGGGGAGGGAGAGGAGGGGACGGGCAGGGAUGGGAGGAGGAAGAGGAGGAGAUUGGUGGUGGUGCUGCUGCUGCUGCUGCUGCUGCUGCUGGUGGAGGGGGAGGAGGAGAGGAGGGAGAGCCUGGGUCGUUCUCGCCUGAGUUGCUGACUAUGGAAGAAGCAGCUAAGGAGGGGUAUAAGGAGGGAGGAGAGGGAGCAGCAGGAGGGGGAGGAGCGGGCGCAGAGGGAGGGUUUUCACCAGAGCUGAUUCACACGUAUGAGGUGGAUGGGACAGACGUUGUUGACCCUGAGGCGGAUAAGGCAGAACUGGAGCGCAAGAGGGCACAAAUUCAGGCAGACCGGCAGCGCAGCGUCCUGGAAGCUUCUGGCGCUGGUGGUGGUGACGUCAGCGCAGCAGAGAGGGCUCUGGUGGUGAGGGCGCCUGCUGACGUGGCAGCAGCAGGGGAUCGCCAGCUCAGCGCGGCGGAUAAGGCCGCAGCCAAUAAGAUGAUGGGGCAGGAUCCUGGUGACGUGGCGUUUGGUGCAGGGGCCGAGGUGCCUCUUGAAACUCAGGUGUACUGGUGGCACGACAAGUACCGGCCGCGCAAGCCCAAGUAUUUCAAUCGGGUGCACACGGGGUACGAGUGGAACAAGUACAACCAGACGCACUACGACCACGACAACCCGCCGCCCAAGAUCGUGCAGGGCUACAAGUUCAAUAUCUUCUAUCCGGAUUUGAUUGACCGCUCCAAGCCGCCCAGUUACCACAUCGAGAAGGACGGCAGCGAGGACGGCGAGACUUGUCUCAUUCGCUUCCACGCCGGGCCGCCCUAUGAGGACAUUGCAUUCCGCAUAGUGAACAAGGAGUGGGAAUACUCGCACAAGAAGGGCUUUAAGUGCACGUUCGAACGCGGCAUUCUGCACGUCUACAUCAACUUCAAGCGCCAUCGUUACCGCCGAUAG